AUGGACGACGCUGAAGCAGCGCCGCGGAGGCGCAGCUUCCAGCGAGGCCCCGCAGCGCAACGCUUGCUGGCGGAGAGCGAGUCGCCGAGGUCCAAAACUGCGGAUGCCAGCCAGAUUGCGAGCGCUAGCCAGAGCACUGAGCCGCCGCGAGCCGCGAGCUCUGCCCAGGACCGCUGCGUGCAGCUCGAAGCUGAGCUUGAGCGAGCGCUGCGCGCCAAUGAGCUUCUGAGGCUCUCGAAUGAGCAGCUCUAUGCGGUCUGCGAGGAGUUUAUGCGCUCGAUGGGUGUCGAGCUCAAAGCCUCUUCGGAAGGCAACAAGAGGGACGAGCGGAUCUUGGCGCAGGCCACGCAAGCAGCCGCAGCGCUGCAAACUGCGCAAGCUGCGCAACUGCCAGGAGCGACCUCCAACGGCGUCACCGAGCUUUCCGAGAAGGCAGCAUCUGAUGACCAGUUGCCAUCUGCGUUGGAAAGGGGACGGGCUGCCGGCGAGCAAGCCACUGCGACUGCAAGCGUCCCAAAGCUCGACGCGCAACCACAAGGUCCAAGGCCUUUGGAGGAGAACUUCUUUGAGAAGCUGGGCAUCGAGUGGCGGCCCCAAGCCAACGCCACUCUCUUCCGACGACGAGGUAGCACGGGGCUCACUGGGAACCCCGAGGUGACUUGGCAUGCCACGCUUGCGUCCUAUGCGCUGCUGCUCUUGAGCUGCGGCAUACUUGCGGCUGUGUAUGCCAGCACCAAGGACUGGGCUGUUCACACGGAGGAGGAGCUUUUGCAAGCCAGCGUGCUUCAUCCGCUGUUCAACACGGAGGAGCACUUUGCCGAGGACUACUGGAAGUCAUCCAUGCAGCAGAAGGACCGCCUGGAGGCCCUGACCUUCGCCACGCAGCGCACGCAGGCGGCGCUGACGGGCCUCGAGGUCUCCGCCUUCUUGGAGUCUGCGGGGCUGAUUGGCUGGCUGCGCCACAAUCGCUCGCAGCUUCCAUGGGACUCCGACGGAGAUCUUGGCAUCGUAUUGGAUGACUGCAUUCGAUCGGGCGCCAAUAAGGAGUCACUCCAAAGAGCCAUCGACCAGGAGCUGGUCGUCUUGAAAUUUGCUUGCGCUUGCGAGGAGGAUUGUCAGGGCGACAACAAGCGCAUGGUCGGCCGCGUUGCGCACAAGGCGACAGGCGUGUGCAUUGACAUCUUCGCCUAUGCACCCGUCAGAAUCCCUCGGACCUGGCAGGAGCACUACAAGGAUGUGCAGUGGUGGGAGCGCGUUGACGACCACGCCGACUUUACGUUUCCUCAUACUGCGCUCUUGCCGCUGCAAACAGAGACCUUUGCUGGGCACAGGAUGCUGCUGCCCGCCCAGCCCAGAGAGUUCCUGAGCUGGGAAUAUGGGCGCUGCCUGGGUGCCCACGUUUGGCCGUGGAGGAUCCUCCUCUACACGCCGGUCUCCGAGUCCUUACACUUCGCUUUGGCGGCGAAGGGGGCAAGUUUACUUCUGGGCGGUUCAGGCAUGAACGCCUUGCCCGCUUUUAUCAUGAUCAGCUGCUCGGUGGGCACCAUCAUUCUUCUGAGGGGCGGCUUAGCCUGCCUCACGAUCCUAGCCCUGAGCUUCUGCGAGCUAUUGCUGCUUCGGCUCAGGCCGGACCUAAACAAGUGGCGUGGGCUGCACACCGCAAUGGUGGUGCUGACGCUCGGGGUGUGCAUGCAGAGCCUGCAGGGCUCUGUGGAGCAGCUUUGGUGCCAGGUGGAUGACUUCUAUUUGCACCCCCGACGCAGAGCCGCCAGCUCGCUGGCGCGAGCACUCAGCAAGCUGGAGGAGGAGCUGCGGCCCUCGCUGGAUCAGCUGGCUUAUGCGCGGACUUUGGAGCAGAAGCUGCGGCAGAUUUGUCUGAAGCUGGGAGGGCCCCUGAAGUGCUACGGCUCCUGCACCAAUGGGACCUUUAUGCAGGGAUCUGACGUGGACCUCACGUGGCUUUGCGACGAGCGCGUCAUGGCCGCCACCUUCGGCCCGCGGACGGCGCGCGCGCCAAUCACCAAGGCGCCGCCGCCGCCGCCACCACCGCCGCCGGGGCCUCCGCCUGGGGCACAGGCCUGGCAGGCCCAACCUCCAGGCCUCCAAAGUGUGCCCAAAGCUGCCGUGGCCUUGUCCCGCCCGCCCCCGCCGCCGAAGUCACCUCCGCCGCCGCCAAAGUCUGCGCCGCCGCCGCCGACUACUUUGGCGGUGCUGGGGGAAGCCGAGCGAGGCCACUCUCUGAAAGUGCAGCGCUUCAAGACUCUACGCCUCUUGCGCCAGGAGGCUAUGCGCGCUGCCAUACAGGACGUCAAGAGUGUUUGGGUGGUGAAAGCGCGAGUUCCCGUGCUGAAGUUUUUCGGCGCGGGCGAUGUUGUGCUCUGCGACGUCUCCGUGAACAACACGGAAGGCCUUCUAAAUUCGCGCUUGGUGCGCAGCUUCUGCGAAGCCGAGCCCAUGCUGGGCCCGGUCAUCCGGCUGCUGAAGCAUUGGGCGCGCCAGCGCAAGCUGGGGGACCGCUCCACAGGCGGCUUCAGCACGUACACCUUGGUGCUUAUGGCCGUCAGGGCCAUGCAGAGCCAAAGCGCUGGUCUCUCCCCACGGAAGGUACAGCAGCUCAGCGGCGCGGUUCCAGAGGGUGACCUGGAAAUCUGGGCGCAGGACCCUGGCUGUCAGACUUCUGGGGAGCUGACGAAGGCCUUGACCCACUUUUUCGACUUUUACUCACAGCGCUAUGCCCUGGGGGGCGUGGUCCGUUGUGACGAGGAGAGUGACGAGGCCAACGAGAUGCAAAGCCUGCAGGUCAUUUGCCCCUUGACGCACAUUGACGUACAGAGGAGCAAGGUGGAGGAAUGGAAGAUUAUGUCUGCGGAGAUCACGCGAGCAGCGGAGAUUCUCAGGCCGGCAGACUUCCGGUCGACACGGCUCAGCUGGAACUUAAGUCCGAUUCGGAUACUUCCGCGCUUCCUCGCGGAAGUGCAGGACAUGGCGCUACCCAGCCGCUCUGGAGAUAAGUUGUGCGUCACAGGCCAUGGCAAACUGCCGGAGGAUCUUUGCAGCACUGACAGCGGCACAAGCUACUCCUCCUCGGCCUCAACGGCAUCCGAGCACAGGUUACGGCCUGAAGACAAGGUGCGCGAUCUGUGGGACCCACGCUGCACCAAUCUCAAUUUCUUCCACGACACUCGCAGCAUUGUCGACGAUCAGAAGAGGGCCACGGAGUUGGCCUUGCUGAGAUGCCGGGGCACGGCUGGCGAGAAUCCGCAGAUCCGGGGCUUUUGGGGUGCCACCCUGUCGUUCUUCUUGGCAUUUCUGGGAUGGUUUGCACUGGCGCCGCUCAGCGUUGAGGAGUAUCCAACACGGGUCGCCUACCUCCAGUACAGGAACAUCUCUACCAAGAUUCCCUACUGCCGACACGGGUUGGUGUGGUCUGAUGGCUCUCCCAUAGACUGCGCAUAUCCGCCAGUGAACAGCAGUGAGACUGGCAUGAUUAGGUAUCAGCCGGAGGUGCUCGCAAAGUGCGUUUGCACUAGUCAGACCCAAUGCCACACCACGAUCGCCAAUGCUGCGGUGGCAUCUUCGGCGUCCAGCAUCGUUGUGCGCGUUGCCCUUGGAACUCUCUUGGAGAGAUAUGGGCCUGUGAAUGUGCAAAGCAGCCUUUUGACCUUCGGAGCGAUUUGGGUGGCCAUGUCUGGUGCUGUUCGUAAACCGUGGCAUUUCGUGUCCAUCCGGUUCUUUAUCGGAGUUACAGGAGGAACCUUUGUCACCACACAGUUAUGGUGCUCCUUGAUGUUUGCUCCCAACGUGGUCGGCACUGCCAAUGCAACUGCCGCUGGUUGGGGCAACUUGGGCGGUGGAGUUGCUCAAAUCGUUAUGGUCUCCUUGCUGUUCGAGCCCUUGGUGAGCAGUGGCUUUGAUGCGGACAAGGCUUGGAGAUUGGCCAUGCUGGUCCCAGCCCUUCUGCUUUUUCUUUGCGCUGGGCUCUUGAAGCUUUUGUGUUGGGACACCCCCACCGCUGCCCGCUUCAGCGUGGCCGUGACCGGGAAACGCAAAGAGCCGAGCUUCUGGGAUUACGUGGAGGUGCUGAAAGACGUCCGGGUUCUUGUGAUGUUGUUUCAGUAUUCGGCCUGCUUUGGCACGGAGAUUGUCAUGAACAAUCAGCUUGCCACGCAUUUUCGGACCUACUUCCAGAUGCCGUCCGCAGACGCUUCUGCGCUAGCAGGAGCUUUUGGUCUCAUGAAUUUGUUUGCCAGGUCUUUAGGUGGCAUCAGCAGCGACCUUCUCUUCAAGCGCUUUGGAUUCUGUGGCCGCAUCUGGGCCCAGUUCUUUUGCCUUGUCUUCGAGGCCAUUUCUCUCUUCUGCUUUGGGCUCGUGGACAACUCUCAGCCCUGGUAUGUUGCACUGGCCGUUCUUAUUUGCUUCUCUUUGUUUGUUCAGAUGGCAGAAGGAACGAGCUUUGCAAUCGUGCCUUUCAUGAACCCGCAGCAGCUUGCGAUCGUCUCAGCCCUGGUAGGGGCCGGAGGCAACCUUGGCGCCACCAUCGCCAGCUUCCUCUUCUACCGGAGCGCCACCGUGGACCCGUUGAUGCCCUUCCAGCUCCACGCGGGCUACGUGCUUUUUUGGUCCUUCUUGACUCCGGUGUUCUAUUGGCGCGAGCUCGGCGGCAUGUUUCACGGCGCGAAGCCGGAGGACUUUGCAUGCAUUGAGAGCCUCAUCUCCAAUGGCAACUUUACCAAGCGCCGGGAACUAAGCGCCUGCUGCCGCGGGGAGGGCAAGGUCGAGUUGCACGCGAUGCGCCGCGUCAAUCGAUGGCUCGCUGGCCGCGGGGAGUGGAAGGCAACCGACGACAAGGAGGAGCUCGUCGUGGUGAAGAAGCUGCCAGCUGCCCGCGUCAAUGUGAACAAGGGCAAGCCUGCGAGCGAGCACGCGCUGCACCAGCGCGUGAUCGCCCGGGACGCGGAGGAUCCGCUGGCGGAGAUCGGGGUCUUUAGCUUCCUGCGGCGAUGCGACAACAUCCCGCAGUACAUCCUCGAGAUGCUCUCGGCAUUUCAAGUGGAGAACGAGGUGUGGCUGGUUCUGGAGCAUGCUGAUGGCGGGGAUUUGUUUGGCGUCAUCUCCUCCAAGCGGCCUGGGGCGCAGAUGCUGUUGCUUUGGACCUGGCAGCUGCUGCAGGCGGUGCGCUUCCUGCACAACCAGGGCAUCUGCCACCGAGACAUCUCCCUGGAGAACGUGCUGCUCAGCGGCGGAGAUGUGAGGCUCAUGGACUUUGGCCAGGCGGUGACUUCCAACGAGUCAGGCGAGCUGCUGCGGUACUUUGUGCCAGCGGGGAAGCCCUACUAUCGCCCGCCGGAGACGUACAUCCCCAACACCCGUGCCAUAGAGGUCAUCGCCCCGAAGAAUUCUGGGCUGGGGCAAGUGGCCUUGGCAGCCACCCCGGCGCAGGAGACUUCCUUUGCCAUGUGCGGCUUUUGGAGUCCGCGCGCCCGGGGCAGCUCGUAG